AGGAAUGACAGACACGUCAAGUAGGUACAAAACACUAAAGAGAUCGAAAAACUACCAAGAAGUCUUCACUUCUUAACAAAAAUAUCCCGCGUACUCUUCAGCAUUUAUUGAAUAAUCAAUGUUGUUUUAGACCUAUUUACGACUAUGUCGUGUCAACUAUCGGAGAUAUAUAAAAUUUAAAUUAUGACAUAACGGACUUCUUCUUCUUCUUUUUUAAUUAAUGGCUUAUCUGCGCAUUUCACACAAUUCUGCCAAUGUCAAGUAAAUUAAUUAAUUUUUACAUGUAAAGUUAAAAUGAAAUGAAUCGACAUAACGGACAAAAAGUGAAAUAUUUUGAUCUGACAUUUAACUCGAUUUGUGACAUUAUAAUUUGAUUAUACUUUUCCACUACAAAAAAGGCGUUCAUUGCUUUUAGUCUUCAUAUUGCUACGGUAUAUUUUUUCUAUGAUAUCGAAGAAAAUUUUUGUACAACAGACAAUGGCUGUAUGGGCUAAGCUCUCUUUGCCUUUCCUUUACGAAAAAAUCUACCAAAAAAAGUUUGUGGUUUUUGAGGUUAAUGCUGUUUUUCCGUGGAUUUUAUUGUGUUAAAUGUAGUAUUUUUUUUUUUAUUAUCUCAAUUAUUAAAACUUCUAUUAAAAUGGACGAAACCGCAGAAUUUGAUGCCUCCAUAGGUGGUACGGAACAUCUUCCAUAUACUGCAAAUACUUUAAAAUUUGCUGCCUCCAGAAGCAUAGAAAUAGCUGCGAUGACAGAAAGCAUACUGCGACCAAGUAAAACAAAAUUAAUCUUCCAAAAUUUACCAGUCCAUAUGCGUCGUCGGGUCAUGAGCCACAACGCUAAAAGACUGCCAAACAAACUUAGAGCAGGACAUUUGGAGCAAUUAAAGAAAAGCGGUUUACCCCCAAAACAAAAACGACCAUCUAGAAAAUACAGAAGACGUCCGAGUAAUUUGCUGGAAGAGUAUAACCGAAGGCAAAAGAACAAUAUUUGGUUGGAGACACACAUAUGGCAUGCCAAACGAUUUCAUAUGAUUGAAAGAUGGGGUUAUCGCAUGGCGUAUGCUCCCUGUGACAAAGCUUUUAGGGCCUGCUAUAGAGCUACUUCUGCCCACUGCCUUAUACAGGAUAUAUCUUAUUAUACACCUGUACAUAUAAUGGGGCAAGAAGCAGCAAUAAAAGAGUUAUUUAGCUCAGUAACUAGUAACUCCUGUGGUCUAGGCAUAUGUGCUAAAGCUUACACAGAUGGUAAAAGGGAAGGGUCAAUUCAUUUAUAUGAAAAAAAUACAUAUCCUUUUAGCUACAUAGGUAAAUUGCAGUUUAUAUGGGAUAGAAAUGAUAAAAGUAAAUCUUUAUGGCUAUUUGUUCACCCGUCACAAAUAAAACAAGUGGAAUUAUUGCUAACAGAUCUUAUUAAUGAUACCUUUCACUGUACAGAAAAAAGAAGAAAGCUAAUGAAUAAUUUUUCUGAAAAUGUAAAGAUAAAAUUUCUACCUUUAACAUUUAACAGAUUUCGGAUGACAGGACCUAAAAGUCAUGCAGUGUUAGCACAUAGUAUAAAAUGUAUAGAUAAUUUAGAAAAAAUAAAAGAAAACAAGUGGAUUAAAAAUCUUAAGUUGUCUAAUUUGUAUUUAAAUGAAAGAUAUAACUACUGGCAAAAUAUUAAGAAUGCAACUUCACCAUCUCAAAUACCUUCCAAUGUUGUAGUUGGCUUAGUAGUACGAGACCCUCGGUUAUGUAGACCUAAACAUCGUACGAAAUCUGUGAUAGAAAAUAUCUCGCUAGACGUGAAACCAUAUUUAGAUGUUCCAACGUCAGUAUCAUCAUCUCCUUUAUGGGAUUGUGAUGUACAUGAUAGUAUAAAAAAACAGAAAUUAUCUAACACACAAUUUAUAGAACAUAUCACUAAAACACAGCUUGUUCCUGGUGAGAUUAAUAUAGAUGAUCCAAUUCUACAAAGUAUUCCAAUUGUUCUUAUACAAAGACCUGGAUCACAACACUCAUCUAAGAAAAUAGGGUAUGGUAGCGGCUGGGAUAUAAUAAUUCCUCCUGGAUAUGGACUUCAGUUCUGGCAAACUUUUAUUAUGUUUGGUGCAAGAUCUGGUGGACACAGAGAAAGUGAACAUUUAGCAUUGGAAAUGGGAGAUUAUUACUUACCACCUGAUUCUAAAUCUGGAAAAGAAGAAGAAAAAAGAAUAGAGACUGAACUACGAAAUAAAUAUUUUAGAUUGCCACCAAGUAAAAGAGUGAACUAUAGGAAAUUAGGUAUUGUGACUCCUUUUAUUUGCCCAUGGAAAAUUCUGCUGACAGAUUGGAGUGACAGCUCUGUUAAUGAUUUCUUUGUGCUACGGGAUAGAAAACUUUUGCAGACUUUGCAGGACUGUAUUAUUAACAAAAAAAAAUUACCACAGAAUGAAAACACAGCUUCAUGUUUAGUACCAGUCUAUUUAAAAAUAGCAAAAAAAGGUAAUUUAAAACAGAAUGCUAUCAUAUGUAUGCCAGAAGAAGGUGAUCUUUUGGUAAUGCCUCAGGAACUGCCAUGUGAGGACCCUAAUGAGAAAAUACGAAAGCAAAAGAGAAUUGAACAUCGCAGACAACUUAAGCAAUUAAAAAGGAGAAGGAAUAAACUUAAAAAAGCAGAAAAACAGGUAUGCAUAUACAAUAAGAGCCUGAAAUGCUUUUUGUCCUUUAAAUAUGUAAAAGUUAUGCGAGAAUUAUGGCUACCAUCAAAUAUCAAAUCCUGUCGCUAUACAUGUUCUAGACAAAUAUUAGGAUUUUUACCACAAGCAGGUUACAGUUUCUCCGAAUCACGAAGUUGUGGUGUGGGCUUCAUAGCCUUUAACGCCUUGAAUACUUUAUUAAUGAAAAAGUUAAAUCAAGUGCUAGUUCGCAAUGUAUCUUCUAAGAAAUAUAGAUUAGCAAAUAUAUGUUUAAAAAUCGAUCAAUAAAACUACUAUUUUUCUACCAAAGUAUUUUUAUUCUUUAGCUCUUGAACAUUUUCAUUAUACAGCUGAAUUAUCAAUACAACUUUAAACCUACUAUCUAGGCUUUCAUUGCUGUAAUGAAAGAAAAUAGAAAUAUCAAUUGAAGUCUUCCCCUGACAUAUCCAAUAGAAGAGUAAUAAUACCAUAUGAAAACAACAUUCAUAGCUACCCAUGAUAAUAACAUUAUAAUUAUACAACAUGAUGUUAAUAAAAGCAAUUACAGAUAUUCCAUUUUUAAGAUCAGAUCAAAGUCAUUAACGGUAUUAACUAAAUGCUUAUUUGUACGACAUUGGUUCUGCUGUAUGCUUUCUCAGAUUGUUUGAAAUACAUAAGUAGGCUAAUUGAACCUAGAGUCUCUCACAAACAGUAAAUAUUCUUACUGUCGGCUUUGCUACACCCAAACUUGUUCCUUAUUUGAAGUAACGUUAUAUUUUGGAUCUCUUCCUAGCGAUCGCGUCCUCCACGGCUUUCAGUUGUUUGAGUAACUCCUCACGUCUUGACACGGAUUUCUUGGCGGGUGCAGUGUUCACUGGCGACGUGGCCGCGCGUUUCUUCCCACUCGAU